ACAGCGAUCCCCACUGUUGAGUGUGCGGUAAGUGCAUUCUGGGCACAGGGCGGAGUGCCACCAGAGGACCGCUUACCGCUCACAACCUAUGAUUUGACACAGGGAACCAAAGCCUUUUCCUUCACUCUAGGACUGCAUACCAAAAAGAAAAAAAAGUUUCGGGUGAAAAAGAAAGCUGCCUUUUGGGUUUGCUGGAAAAUCACAUUCCUCCAGAUCCUGUAGCCGGCGGGAGAAAGGCGUCCUGUUUCUUUUAGAGGCCUCUGCUAGCGGGGCGGGGACGGCCGGCGAUUUUCCUCUCUACCGGCAGCUGCUCCUGCCCCUUCUUGAGUGACAGACAAGCAACCCAAUUAAAGAAAGAAAGUUCAGCGUGAUGGAGAGAUGGAGCAAUAGGAGCCCGGCCCGGCCUGCGCGGGGCGGGGUCACAAGAAGGCGGGGCGGGCGGAGGCUGCUGGAGCCGCAGAGGCGAGACCCGGGAGCGGGAGCUGGGCCUAGGUCGAAGAGCUGGCAGCUGCGUCUGUGUUUUUGUGUUGGGGAAUUAGAGCCCACUGGGAACGAUGCCACCACCGUCAGACAUUGUCAAAGUGGCCAUUGAGUGGCCAGGUGCUAACGCCCAGCUCCUUGAAAUCGACCAGAAACGGCCCCUGGCAUCCAUUAUCAAGGAAGUUUGUGACGGGUGGUCAUUGCCAAACCCAGAGUAUUACACCCUCCGUUACGCAGAUGGACCUCAGCUCUACAUCACCGAACAGACUCGCAGUGACAUUAAGAAUGGGACAAUCUUACAACUGGCUAUCUCUCCGUCCCGGGCUGCACGCCAGCUGAUGGAGAGGACCCAGUCAUCCAACAUGGAGACCCGGCUGGAUGCCCUGAAGGAGCUGGCCAAGCUCUCUGCCGACGUGACUUUUGCUACUGAGUUCAUCAACAUGGAUGGCAUCGUUGUACUGACGAGGCUUGUGGAAAGUGGAACCAAGCUCUUGUCCCACUACAGUGAGAUGCUGGCAUUCACCCUGACUGCCUUCCUAGAGCUCAUGGACCAUGGCAUUGUCUCCUGGGAUAUGGUUUCAAUCACCUUUAUUAAGCAGAUUGCAGGGUACGUGAGUCAGCCCAUGGUGGAUGUGUCAAUCCUUCAGCGGUCCCUGGCCAUACUGGAGAGCAUGGUCUUGAACAGCCAGAGUCUAUACCAGAAGAUAGCUGAGGAAAUCACCGUGGGACAGCUCAUCUCACACCUCCAGGUCUCCAACCAGGAGAUUCAGACCUACGCCAUUGCACUGAUUAAUGCACUUUUUCUGAAGGCUCCUGAGGACAAGCGACAGGAUAUGGCCAAUGCAUUUGCACAGAAGCAUCUCCGGUCUAUAAUCCUGAAUCAUGUGAUCCGAGGGAACCGCCCCAUCAAAACUGAGAUGGCCCAUCAACUGUAUGUCCUUCAAGUCCUAACCUUUAACCUUCUGGAAGAAAGGAUGAUGACCAAGAUGGACCCCAAUGACCAGGCUCAAAGAGACAUCAUAUUUGAACUGAGGAGGAUUGCAUUUGAUGCAGAGUCUGACCCUAGCACUGUCCCUGGAAGUGGGACCGAAAAACGCAAAGCCAUGUACACCAAGGACUACAAAAUGCUGGGAUUUACCAACCACAUCAAUCCAGCCAUGGACUUUACCCAGACUCCUCCUGGAAUGCUGGCCUUGGACAACAUGCUGUACUUGGCUAAAGUCCACCAGGACACCUACAUCCGGAUUGUCUUGGAGAACAGCAGCCGGGAAGACAAACAUGAAUGCCCCUUUGGCCGUAGUGCCAUUGAGCUCACCAAAAUGCUCUGUGAAAUCCUGCAGGUUGGGGAACUACCAAAUGAAGGACGCAAUGACUACCACCCAAUGUUCUUUACCCAUGACCGAGCCUUUGAAGAGCUCUUUGGAAUCUGCAUCCAACUGUUGAACAAGACCUGGAAGGAGAUGAGGGCAACAGCAGAGGACUUCAACAAGGUUAUGCAAGUCGUCCGAGAGCAAAUCACUCGAGCUUUGCCCUCCAAACCCAACUCUUUGGAUCAGUUCAAGAGCAAACUGCGUAGCCUGAGUUACUCUGAGAUUCUACGACUGCGCCAGUCUGAGAGGAUGAGUCAGGAUGACUUCCAGUCCCCGCCAAUUGUGGAGCUGAGAGAGAAGAUCCAGCCUGAGAUCCUUGAGCUGAUCAAGCAGCAGCGCCUGAACCGGCUCUGUGAGGGCAGCAGCUUCCGAAAGAUUGGGAACCGCCGAAGGCAAGAACGGUUCUGGUACUGCCGGUUGGCACUGAACCACAAGGUCCUUCACUAUGGUGACUUGGAUGACAACCCACAAGGGGAGGUGACAUUUGAAUCCCUGCAGGAGAAAAUUCCUGUUGCAGACAUUAAGGCCAUUGUCACUGGGAAGGAUUGUCCCCACAUGAAAGAGAAAAGUGCUCUGAAACAGAACAAGGAGGUGUUGGAAUUGGCCUUCUCCAUCCUGUAUGACCCUGAUGAGACCUUAAACUUCAUUGCACCUAAUAAAUAUGAGUACUGCAUCUGGAUUGAUGGCCUCAGUGCCCUUCUGGGGAAGGACAUGUCCAGCGAACUGACCAAGAGUGACCUGGACACCCUGCUGAGCAUGGAGAUGAAGCUGCGGCUCCUGGACCUGGAGAACAUCCAAAUUCCCGAGGCCCCACCCCCCAUCCCCAAGGAGCCCAGCAGCUAUGACUUUGUCUACCACUAUGGCUGAACCUGGAGCCAGAAACGACGGUACCCAGGAGAAGGGAUUUGGCCCAGGAGAAACACUUAGUCUGGUGCCUUGUCUUUCGCUUGUACAGAAUCUGUAGUGAUUUUGGUGGCCAGUAAAUGCCAGCCAUUUCUCAAACCCACCUCGGACCACCCAGAGUUUCCUCUUGGUCCCUGUCUACUAAGAGUCAUGAAGACAGGGUGCUCUGCCCCCUCCAUCACCAUGAAGCCUGGGAUUGGGCCAUGAGGAACAAACAGCGAUGCCCUUGCCUUCCAGUCCAAGAAACUGCUUCCUGAAAUGGAUUUAACAACAGCCACUCACCUUUUCUUCCUGAGCCUGCUCUCUGAUCAGCUGGAUCCCCUCGUGAGCAAGAGCUGGCCCAGGAAAGGCUGCCUGCAGAGGACAGGUGUGCUGGGCGUGUCUAGAGCCUUGGAGUGACUGCCUGUAUCUCAGAUCUGAGUACAGGCCUGGGGCCUUUGCUUCUCUCUUUUUUGGUGAGGGCUCACUCCAGCUUCAUAUGGUGCCAAGAUGUUGCUGCUUCUGAAGCUGGCUCUAACAUCUGUGGUCUUUAGAGCCACCAGAUUUCUCUGGCCCAUACAGAUAUCAGAGCAGAUGGAAAUUUCUCCCUGCGAGCUCUCAGACUCAUCCUGGCAAGUCAAAGACCUCCAGGCCAAGUCCUGCCCUCUUAAGUCUCCAAGAAUGCUGCAGGGAAAACCCAGCUGAGGCCUGGGCCUAGACAGUGGUGAGGUCAUUAGAUUCUGUCCCUCUCCCCCCACAUUUAUACCCUUUCCUUCCUCAGAGAGAAAUCUCCCACCUAACCUGAAUUGCAGCCCCCUCCAGUUUGCUUUCCUUUGGCCUUCCAGACCCCAGGAAGUUUGCCUUCCCUUCCUAGCGCUAUGGUUUCUGCCAUUGGCCAUGAUUUCAGGGAGCUGGCCGAGGCCGGCCGAGGCCACACCUGUACCAGUGGGGCUUCCCUGGUGCUGCAGCACUUGUAAACCACACACACAGCCUCUCUCCCUGGACAUACGUUAGCACAUUGGCAUUCAGUAUUGGUGGCCUGGCAUGGUAGGUACUACCCAAUGAAGAGUGUACUAUAUAUUUUCUUUACUAUAGGCCAUACUUAUACAGACGUGUAUAUAUAUUUAUAUAAGAUCUACCUAUCUUACGGUGGAACCUUGGAGGAAAAUAAAAUUGAGGGGAAGUAAAAAGUACGUAACACUUCCAGUUGUGAGCCAAGAUUGUAACCAGAGAGCAGCCAGGAGCUUCCUGUCAGUAACAAUGUUUUCAAUAAAUACUCUUUCAUGUACAAA